AUAGGGUUCCCUGAGCACACUGAAUAUAGUGUUGUACCAACGAAUUGGGUCACAAAAAAUGAAUUAACUCAAGUAAAUUAUUGCUACUGGCCUCCAGGCACUGUUAACAGUGACGUUAUACAAAAAUCAGAUGAGCCGGGGUUAACCUGGAAAAUGUAUAGUGUAAAAAUUUAUGGUGGAAAUAAAACUUUUGAUAAUUUUAAUAAAGCAUGGCAUCAACAAGUUAUUAUUGAAGAUUCAUCUAAUGAAACAGGCAAUGAAGAAAAUAUGACUCUAAGACAUAAACAAAAAGGAAAGCUUAUCUCACAAAAUGUAUUGUUUAAUGUAACUGAUGAAAGUGACAAUGACAAUGAUAAUAGUUAUAAUAUAAUGGCUCAGUCAUCAUCCGCCACAUUGAAUAUUGUCAAACCUUUGUUUUUAAUGCCUCCAGAACCCAAACAUAUUUGUUCUACAACGGACUUCUCAUUACAGUCAUCAAAUACAAUGAACACUUUAAAUCAGUCUGUUCUCCAACAAAAAAACUACGAUCCAACAACGAAUAUGAUGUUAAAUAGAGUACUAUUAAAAGUAGAAAAUAUUGAAAAAUUUUUGUCUAAACAUAAAAAUGAAAAUAAAAAUGCUCUGUUAGACAAUUCAUUUUUAUCAAAAUUCCCCAUUGAUAAUGUUGAAGGAUUUUUAUUGGUUGAAACUUGCAUUAGUAAUGAAAUUGAUUUUGUUUCAAAAUUGGAAUAUUUUAUUAGAUCAAUUGGAGGAAGGGAUGGCAAAGAACAUAUAAGAAGGUCUUUGACCAAACUUUUUACUAAUUCAUAUGCUGGUAAAUGUACGUGGACUGGUCGUGGAAAAAAUAUAAUUACUAAAGUAGGAGAUUCUGAAUUAAUCAGAAUACUUACAAAAGUUAUUAAAGAUAAUGCCAAAAAGCCCAUGACAAACUCUGAUGUAGAAAUAGAAAUUGCCGAAUGGCUUAGGCGUGCUAACACAAGAGUACAAAGGGACAAAUUAAACGAGUGACAAUAUAAUUUUUUAUAUGUGUUUAUGUUUUUUUUUAUACAUUUAUA